AUGCCUCGCAAAAACUCUACGGUUAAUCAUUUAAUAAAUACUCUAAAGUCGUCUAAAUCAACUCCAGAUCAGAUUCAAAAGGCAUUCAAUAAGUAUAUUGAAAGCAUAAGAAGCUAUUAUAAAUGCAAUCGAGCCAAUAGUUCACAAGAAGAUUAUGAAGAUAAUAUCCGAGCUCUUGACGCAUUCAAAUCUUGGAUAAAUUCAACAAUGUUUACUAAAAUUAAUCGAUUAGAAAGCAAAAACCAAUAUCAGAGCGAGAUAACUCAACUUCAUCAAAUUCUUGGAGAGAUCACUUUAGCAUAUCAAGAAUGUAAUAUUGGUAAAUUAAAUUUUAAUAUGGUUAAUGGAAUCUUACAAAAAAAUGGAAUUAAAAUUUUGGGUACUCAAAAACGUUAUUCGAGUUAUCAUGAAGCUUUUGAAGCUGCUAGUUUGCAAAACAUCCAGGAUGGUGAAUAUUCACUACCACGAUCAGUUUCUUUUUAUGAACCUGAACCUGAAGAAGGUGAAUGUUCUAAUAGAAGAAAUCUUUGA